UAACACGUCGCCCACUGUAAACGGACUUCGGUUGGAUUAGAAAGAAAUCCAAAACUGUUACAGUCGAUUGUUUAUAUAUUUACUGUUUCCGUGAGGUUUUCCACAUGGCUGCGGCUCAGGGGCUGCCGAGGUGGGAGCCGACGGCGCGCAUCGUUUUGGGUCUUCUGGGUUUGGUUUUGUCUGUUUAUGCUCUUCAUGUGGAGCUUUCCCGAGAGAGAGACCCGGAUUACAGGGCGAUGUGCGACCUGGGGGAGUCAGUGAGCUGCUCCAAGGUUUUUACCUCCAGAUGGGGACGUGGUUUUGGUUUGGUCCAGGUCUUUGUGGCCAAAGACAGCGUUCUGAACCAGCCCAACAGCGUCCUCGGCAUCCUGUUUUACACUCUGCAGAUGGGCCUUGGAUUGUCUCUGUCUAAAAAGGCGGCCCUGGCCUUGGUCGUCUGCUCCUGGGUCUCUGUAGCCGGCUCGCUUUAUCUCGCAUCCAUUCUCGCCUUUGUUCUGGGAGAUUUCUGCAUGGUGUGUGUCUCAACCUAUGUCAUCAAUUUCGCGCUGCUCUACACCAACCUGAAGAGACGGAAAGCAAUCGAAGGAAUGAAGAAAAAGACUGGAUAGGAAGUGCUAUCUGUCGAGCGCAAUAUUUGUUUUAGAAUAAACUGGUUCAGUGAUUUAUAUGUUCUGAUCAUUUUAGUAAUAAAUGUUAAAUAAAACA